UAUAGUUGAUGCAACUGUACACCAAACUAACAUAAAUUAUUGUGAAAUAUUUCUUUCCAAUUGUAAUUAAACAAAUGUGUUAUUUUAAUAAAAAAAACAACAAAAAAAAACAUAAUCUUCAUUUACUUAGAAUGAUUUCUUUGACAACGAUUAUGGAUACACAGCAGCACAAAAAUUGGCUAAACAAAAGAAAAUGCACGUUUGUUGCGUUUUCGGUGCAAAUUACUAUUAUUGGAAUAGAUUACAGUCUUACUUUUUUAUCAUUAUGGUUGUACAUUAAAGAAAUGAUAAACACAAACACACCAAAGUUGUUAUACAGUCUCGUUUCCGUGUCAUAUAUACUUGCAUCUUUUAUUCUGACACCAUUCAUAGGGAGAAUAGUUGAUAAAAAAAGAAACGUUAAGUUCUGUUUUUUAAUAUGUAAUUUAUUGAUGAUGACUGGAAACGCGCUCUAUUGUCUACCUUUUUCUCCAUUAUUUUUAAUAAUAGGAAAACUUAUUUCUGGUUUUUCGGGAUCCUUUCAGUCUAUUAUUUUUAGCGAAACAAUUCGAAGUUACCCGGCACACGAAACCCGCACAAAGCUAUCAAUUUUAUCAAUAAUGUUUAAUUUAGGCUUGAUGCUUGGUCCCGGUAUAAAUUUCACUUUCAAGGAUAUUAACUUUUUUAUUGGCCUCUGGCAUUUGCAAUACGUAAAUUUUUGCGGACUAUUUAUGGGUUGUGUUUAUAUUGUCAUGGGGAUUUUAACCACAACAAUGGUGCACGAUGUAUCAAAGGAAUUUGAUUAUAAAGCUUUUGUAGAAAAGAAUUUAAUGACAUAUGAAAACGAUAAAGAUCGUGCGGCCAGUACUAUUGAAAACAACGAAAAACUACCAAUAAUAAAUCGUUCACUAAUGCAUCAUAAUAGCACAAAUGAAAACAAAACUGCAUUUAUAAAAUGGAAAUUAAAAAAAUAUACUGCAAUCAAAAUAUUCAAAACUUUGUUUUUUCACUUUGAUUCAGCGCUUCUUUUGUUUGCAAACUUUUUUUUGGCAUCUUUUGUAUCUAAUACAGACGUAUGGUUACCAUUGCUAAUUAUUGAGAAACUUAACCUAUCAAUAACAGAAAUAAAUAUUUGUGCUUUUGGUUCAAACGGGAUAUCUGGUUUAAUUUUGUUACUCUUCAUUUGGAGGCCAUUUUCGAAUAAGAAACUUGUUAUGGUACUAGUAACUACUUCUGGUUGUUACUGUAUAGUCAGCGCAGGUUUUAUUAUACUUUCUUAUUUUCGUAAUAGCAAGUUAUUAAAUUUACUGUUUUGUAUUGUCUAUAUUCUAAGUUAUGGAGGGACUCGAAUACUUUUUGAAGUUUUUUUUGUCAAUACACUAGCUAAUAUGGUAAAUUCAAAUGUUCAGACAUAUGUUGACAGUAUUCGUUCAUCAGUUUUUACUGCAGGAGCACUUCUAGCAUUUGUUUGUUCUCCAUAUAUGUUUGAUUAUGUUGAAAUAUUUGGAACGUUGUACAUUGCUGUAAACAUGGUUAUUGGCGUCUUGUUUUUUAUUAGAAAAAACUAUUACAUUUAUCCAAAGUUGUUGUUUUAAAAAAUUAAUGUAAAAUAUUU